GUGCCGCUGACGCCACACUCCGGGUUCAUUUUUGGGCGUCCAACAUUUUCCGGAAACGCCGGUUAAGUACUUCAAAUCAUAACCACAUGUAUACAAACAUGCUUAGUGGGAACGACAUUUGUCUCUGCAGUGUGGAAGGAACAUUUUUUUAAAUAACAGAGGUAAUCGUUACCGAGAUACACUAAAGUAACAUAGUGUACAACAGAAAAGCGACUUUGUUUUGUCGUAUUUGUAAUUUAGCUUCUUUGCUAGGUGCUAGUGUACUGCUGCAUUUCCUUAACGUGCAUGACAUUUUGGGAAUAUUUACAGAACGGGUUUUAAUGUAUUUGAAAACACGUUUCCAGCUAACUAAAUCUAAUUUCAUUUCGGUGGGGUUAAGAAUUAAAAAACUGCAGUGUAUAAUGCCUUAUUCUCCCGCGCUGUGUCACUGCAGUACACGACGUCACCAUUGAGCGGCGCUGUGUAGCCUGCCUAAGAUUGCACUAUGAGCUUUACCAAAGAAAAUAUCAAAGACCACCUAUUCUUUAUUGAGGCAUCCAACAGUUCAGAGAGUGAGGAAGAAACAUGUUAUGGUUACAUGAAAGAUCAGAAAAGCACAAAGCAGUUUUCACAACUCAGCAGAGACAGCUCUCCUCCGCUCCUCCUUGCCUUCUCCAUCACCUCUGGAAAGACUCAGCAGGACACCAGCAGUGUUUCCAGUGGCGGUUCACAGGAGCAAUUGGAGGAGGACAAUGAUCAGCCCAUUGAGGAGUGGAUGAUCCUGGAGGGAGAGGAGCAGGUGGAGGACCCAAGCAUCCAGCUCAACCUUGGCUGCUGGGGCAGCUCUGAGGAGGACUUUGGAGAUGAAGGUUUUACAGACAAGAAAGUGAAAUCAGGAAGAGAUACCUGGGCUGUAUCAGACAGAGACAAGUAUGGAGCUGCCCAGUCUCUGUGCAGUCGCUAUUUCAUGGGUGGUCGCUCAUCCAUCUGUAACAUCUGCAACAGGACGGGGCACGUUGCCAAAAGUUGCUGCUUCCACAAGCAGAAAUCCCCCACCUGUUUCCUUUGUGGCAUCCAAGGCCACGUCCAAAGAAACUGUCCGAGCCGCCCCUGUUCCACCUGUGGGCUACCUUCACAUGCCCUAAAUCCCUGCAAAGUACCUCCAGUGUGGAAACAACACUGCCAUCGCUGUGGUGUGACUGGCCACAUGUCUGAUGCCUGCCCAGAUGCAUGGCGACAAUACCACCUGACAGUCAAGGUGGGGGUGCCUUUCAGACCCAGAACUGCCUGCAGUCACAGAAAGAAGAGCCACUGUGCUCAUUGCUACAACUGCUCAAAAAGGGGACAUUAUGGUCAUGAGUGCACAAAGAAGAGGAUGAUCAGUGGCACUUUUCCUUCACUGCCUCAUGUUUGCCAAUAUGAUACCCUGGAAGACAUUCUCCAGCAGAGCUCCAGGACGCUUACAUCAGCCAACGAGCUUGUGAAUGCUGGACCCCUACCUUCUUCACAGCAGGAAGAGUGGGCCAAAAAAACAGGGGAACAUUGCAAAGAUUGGCCAUCAGUCCAGGGAAGAAGAAGGACAAGGCAGGAGGCAGGCACCCAUUUUGGAAGGAGGAAGACCUGGCCUGAAAGGCGCAGAGAGAGGCGUGAGGUGAAGAGACUGAGGAGGGAAGCCCAGGCCCAGCGGGAAGGACUCCUGGGGAGACAUCGUUGCGCCUCUGAUGAUGCAGUUUGUCCCGCUGACCCCUUCAGAAACAUCCUACAUAGUCAAAGACAGUCCAGACCCCCUCCGGAGAAGAAAAGGAGAGAAGAGAAAGCUGGAAAAAAGAGCAGGAAGAGCAGAGAGGCAGAGAGGUGGAGGAAAAGAGGGGGGACAAAACGUGGGUAUUUGUAUCCACACAGCGACAUUGACAUUGGAAGUGAAAACCUUCUGUCUCCAAAGCAGAGAGUUCGUCACCGAAGGAGGUGAAACAUUAUAUAUAUUUUUAUGUAUCUGGAAGCCUUAAUUCAUUUUUUUAUUUCAGUUUAUUUAUAAUUUGUCUUGAAA